GUGGCCACGCGCAGCGGCGGCGGUUGUUCCGCUUCCCCUCCGGCCCCGGCCGUCGCCAUUGCCGAAGGCUCCUUGCCCUCCCCUCUCUGGCGCCCGCAAGGCCCCGCUGCCGCUCGGCCUAGCGGAAACAGCGGCUGCGCUCAGCGCGGCUUCUCUUCCCGCCCCGCUUCCCUUCCCUUCCCUCCCCUCCCCUCCCCGCGCCGCGCGCUUGCCCGGGGCGGCUCCGCAGCCGGCCGGGAGCUCGGACAGAGGCGCCUCGCUGGGGCGGGGACCUUUCCUCGCCCGGGGCCAUUUCAUAAUUCUGAAUCAUGUCUGAUAACGGAGAAUUGGAAGACAAGCCUCCAGCACCUCCUGUGAGAAUGAGCAGUACCAUUUUUAGCACUGGAGGCAAAGACCCUUUGUCAGCUAAUCACAGUUUGAAACCUUUGCCCUCUGUUCCAGAAGAAAAAAAGCCCAGAAAUAAAAUCAUCUCCAUAUUCUCAGGCACAGAGAAAGGAAGUAAAAAGAAAGAAAAGGAACGGCCAGAAAUUUCUCCUCCAUCUGAUUUUGAGCACACCAUCCAUGUUGGCUUUGAUGCUGUCACUGGAGAAUUCACUGGCAUGCCAGAACAAUGGGCUCGAUUAUUACAGACCUCCAAUAUCACCAAACUAGAGCAAAAGAAGAAUCCUCAGGCUGUGCUGGAUGUCUUAAAGUUCUACGACUCCAACACAGUUAAGCAAAAGUAUCUGAGCUUUACUCCUCCUGAGAAAGAUGGCUUCCCUUCUGGAACACCAGCACUGAAUACCAAGGGAUCAGAAACAUCAGCAGUAGUAACAGAGGAAGAUGACGAUGAUGAAGAAACUGCUCCUCCUGUCAUUGCCCCACGGCCAGAUCAUACAAAAUCAAUUUAUACACGAUCUGUAAUUGACCCUAUUCCUGCACCAGUUGGUGAUUCUAAUGUUGAUGGUGUCAAGUCCUCAGACAAACAGAAAAAGAAGACCAAAAUGACAGAUGAAGAGAUUAUGGAGAAAUUAAGUAUAAGUAAAAAGAAAGAAAAGGAACGGCCAGAAAUUUCUCCUCCAUCUGAUUUUGAGCACACCAUCCAUGUUGGCUUUGAUGCUGUCACUGGAGAAUUCACUGGCAUGCCAGAACAAUGGGCUCGAUUAUUACAGACCUCCAAUAUCACCAAACUAGAGCAAAAGAAGAAUCCUCAGGCUGUGCUGGAUGUCUUAAAGUUCUACGACUCCAACACAGUUAAGCAAAAGUAUCUGAGCUUUACUCCUCCUGAGAAAGAUGGCUUCCCUUCUGGAACACCAGCACUGAAUACCAAGGGAUCAGAAACAUCAGCAGUAGUAACAGAGGAAGAUGACGAUGAUGAAGAAACUGCUCCUCCUGUCAUUGCCCCACGGCCAGAUCAUACAAAAUCAAUUUAUACACGAUCUGUAAUUGACCCUAUUCCUGCACCAGUUGGUGAUUCUAAUGUUGAUGGUGUCAAGUCCUCAGACAAACAGAAAAAGAAGACCAAAAUGACAGAUGAAGAGAUUAUGGAGAAAUUAAGAACUAUUGUAAGCAUAGGUGACCCUAAGAAAAAAUAUACAAGAUAUGAAAAAAUUGGACAAGGGGCUUCUGGUACAGUUUUCACUGCUACUGAUGUGGCACUGGGACAAGAGGUUGCUAUCAAACAGAUUAAUCUACAGAAACAACCAAAAAAGGAAUUGAUCAUUAAUGAGAUUCUGGUGAUGAAAGAAUUGAAGAAUCCCAACAUAGUUAACUUCUUGGACAGUUACCUUGUGGGAGAUGAAUUGUUUGUGGUAAUGGAGUACCUUGCUGGCGGGUCACUUACUGAUGUUGUAACGGAAACCUGCAUGGAUGAAGCACAGAUUGCUGCUGUAUGCAGAGAGUGUUUACAGGCAUUGGAGUUUUUACACGCUAAUCAAGUAAUCCACAGAGACAUCAAAAGUGAUAACGUACUUUUGGGGAUGGAAGGAUCGGUUAAACUCACCGACUUUGGUUUCUGUGCCCAGAUCACCCCUGAGCAGAGCAAACGCAGUACCAUGGUUGGAACGCCUUACUGGAUGGCACCAGAGGUGGUUACACGGAAAGCUUAUGGCCCUAAAGUGGACAUAUGGUCUCUAGGUAUCAUGGCUAUUGAGAUGGUAGAAGGAGAGCCUCCAUACCUCAAUGAAAAUCCCUUGAGGGCUUUGUACCUGAUAGCAACUAAUGGAACUCCAGAACUUCAGAAUCCAGAGAAACUUUCCCCAAUAUUUCGGGAUUUCUUAAAUCGAUGUUUGGAAAUGGAUGUGGAGAAAAGAGGUUCAGCCAAAGAAUUGUUACAGCAUCCCUUCCUGAAACUGGCCAAACCAUUAUCUAGCUUGACACCACUGAUCAUGGCAGCUAAAGAAGCAAUGAAGAGUAAUCGUUAACAUCAUUACCAUGGCCUCAUAUGUUUUCCAUUUUCUAAAAGAAGUAUUUUAAUAUAUGAAAAUUAUUACUCUUUUUGGGGUUUAGAGAGAUGGUCUGCAUAACAUGGAAGAAAAAAGCAAACUACUGUUCUUUGAAGACAACCAAGAGUAAAUGGCAAAAAGAAUUAUGACUUUCAAAUAUGAACCCCUUCUUUAGGGUCCAAGAGGGAUUGUGGACUGAAUCACUAGCCUUAUGUCUUUCAGCAGACAGCCCGUCAGGGCCAUUUAUCAUGCUUGAGAUUUGCAUUUUUUUUUUUGCCGACUUUAUUGUAAUAGAUCCCAUUCAUUGUCCCUUUUGGGGUACUUUUCAAUACUUGAGUGGCAGAUUGGAGUUUUUCAGAAUAUAUGUUUCAUCUACUAGUCUUCUUUUCUCUCUCCUUCAUAGCUCUCCUAUUCCUUGACUUCUUUUGAGUCACUUUGAGAAAUUUUUCUCAUGCCUAAGUUCAAGGCUAUAAUGUGAUAGAAAUUUUGUAGCUCCUUAUAUUGGCAAAGGAGUUCCAUAUGGUUUAACUUUGUACAGAGGUGAGGACCAGCUAAUGUUUCAGUUCAGAAUUUGAACUGAAGGAAAGGAAGAAAAAAAAGUAUGUGAUUUUUACCUUUUUAACAAAUGUGAAAGAGUCAAUUUUAGAAAUUUCAUGGUAGCAAAUUUGGCAUUUGUUACAUGUAUAGAGAGAGGACUAAUAAUCUAUAUUUAUAACUAAAUCAUUGAGACAGAAAAAGAAUCCCAUUGACUCUACAUUCUUACAAUUUUGUCUUUCUUUCUGCCUGUUUCCUCUUCAGAUUUGGUUUCAGGAACCAAAGUGAUUUGUUCUUGUUCCACCUUGGGCUUUAUGACUCUGGUUAAUGCCACUACCUUCUCCUCUCCCCUUUUCCCCCUCCAUUUUGGAAAUAAAUUUCUGUAUAUGUUGCAAUUA